CGAGACACGAACACACGACGCUCAAUUUCAACAGGAGGCGAAGUAACGCAAUACAAUGUGUUACUUCAGCAUAAUACUGAUUAUCUUCGAUUUAAGCGAUUGGUUGUGAAUUACUGAUAAGAGAUGGCGCCUCGAGUCGUAAAGUUGUGGAUACUAUUUACGUUUUGUUUAUCUGGAACCACUAUUGUGACAGGCAUGUCGGAUGUCUGGGUGGAGCUGCGGGCGCCGCGCUUCGUUGUGCAUCGGCACAACGCGGUGCUGCGUUGCGAUCACAACGUCGACCCGGACUCCCUCUACAAGGUAGUGUUUUUCAAACACGGUCAAAGGAUAAUGAAGUACGUGCGCGGAAGGGACCCUCCCUUUGAGACCUUCAAUUUUACCGGCGCUGAAAUUAACUUGAUAAAGUUAACGCCGACUUCCAUAACGUUGGAGAAAAUGGAUUUCUCGGCUUCGGGGUCGUACGCCUGUGAAAUUGCACUCGAGACGCCUUUGUAUUCAAAAGUGUCCAAAAUACAUGAACUGAAUGUUAUUGUCCGCCAGAAGUACCGUCCAAAAAUUAAAAUAAAGCACAAGAAAGUAUCGUCCAGCGAGAACUUAGAAGCUACUUGUCAAAGCGCCCCCGCGCACCCCGCACCUCACCUCACCUGGUUCAUUAACCAUAUGAAGGUUGAUGAAAGAUUGAUCGAACCUCACGGUACUUGGAAUGUCCACCGUCACCACCACGGUAUGCCGCUGUCCCUCACCAACUCCUCUCUCCACUUCCCACUGUCCAGUCUCCAGCUGUUCCCCAACCAGACAGUGGAGAUAACCUGCCUCAGUACGAUACCGAGCUACGCUAACCUCGGGGAAGGGUUUGCUGAUCUACAAAAUCAUACGGUUACAGUUAACGUUAUACGUAUGGAACCGCCGCCCACUCAACUGCCAGUCAAGAUAAUAAGUCCUGAACAUAAUUCUUCUAAUAUCUACUAUAGUCAAUGUGUGCUAAUAUAUUUCAUGUAUUUGAUGUGCUAUUUUAUUAAGAGACAAUAUAAGUAUUUUGAAGAACCAGAAGAUUAUCCUAUCCUUGACGAAAAUAUGACAGCAACUGGCAGUUUAGGUAUACUUCAAAAAGGAGAUGUCGACAUAGUUCUUGGAGGAAUGAUACUGACUCAUAAUCGAGCACAUAGUUUUGGUUACAUAUUUGGAUAUCUUGACUUUAAAGAUGAAUUAUCUGUUGUGUGGGUCAUUUUUGCGUUUUUGAUCAAUACUUUCUACCAAUCGAAUCUAUCUGGGUUGACGACUCGCGUUAGCUACGACUAUCAAAUCUCGAACAACAAUGAUUUAGAUUACUACAAAAUACAACCUUGUUUGAGUCCUCUUAUUAGUAUUUAUUCUAAAGCUAUAAUGGACAACGAAGGAUCUAAUAAAACCAAUACAAAUUGUGAUAGCUUAGAGAAAAGUGUUAAACUAAUCAGUGAAGAUUACACAAAAUACACAAUAGUAUCAAAGUAUAAGUAUGAGUACAAUAAGUAUAAUAAGUUCGUUGACGAAUUUGGUUACACAAAGUUGUAUAAGUUUAAGAUACCAAUGGGUAAAAUUAUUUAUGCGAUAUACUUCAACAAAGGAUUCCCAGAGCUGCAGAAAAUGUCUAUCCACGCGCUACGUCUCCGUGAAUCUGGUAUAUUGGACAAACGCGAAAAAGAUAUAAACUAUGAAGUUACAAGACACUACUAUGCUCUUAAAAGAAGACACAUCCGACGCUUUGUCUUCCCAUGGCAGAUUUUGGUCGGAUCUCAUAUCACUUAUGUGAAUUUAAAUUAUAAUGAUAACGAUGUUAUUAAAGAUAUACACAACAUGGAUUAUGUAGCAGUUAUAUCUAGGACAACCGAACACAUUGAUCAUCCUAAUAGAGCUUACGUGGUCAUGAUUGAAAAUUAUAAAACAUUCAAAGAUGAAUUCAUAUCACUAACGCAAGAGGAACAAUGGAAACCUAAUGCAUAUUUUGUAAUAGUUUUUAGAGAAUUCGAAAGGGAAAUACAUACAGAUUUAUUCAAUAAUUUAUUGCGACUUCACAUAUUCCAUGUUGUGGUUUUAUACGCUUCAGAAACUUCUGCCAUAUACACGUACAAUCCCUUUCAUAAUAACAGCUGUGGUAAAAUGUUUCAAGAAAUUAUACAGUAUGAUAAUUGUUCCCGGAAGAAUAUAGAAAAUGUGUAUUUUAAUAAAUCGGGAAAAAUACUGAAGGGUUGUACGUUUAAUGUGGCUGUACCAGAUUGGCCUCCCUUUGCUGUAGCGCCUGAAAAAUUUAAGAUCUUAAAGAUGAAUGGAACAGAACAAUACCUUAUGAAAAUCGUGGGUGAAUUAGAAGGUUUUAAUCUUAACUAUUCAUACAUGACGAAUUCCGAAUAUUUUCCUAUCGUAGAUCGUAAUAUGACAGCUACUGGAAGCUUGGGUUUAAUUCAAAAAGGAAUUAUUGACAUCAAUUUUGGAGGAAUGCUAUUAAUACUGAAACGAGCUUACGCUUUCAGUUAUAUCCAUGGUCACCAUGACUACCAGGACGAAAUAUUAACAAUAGUAAAAAAAGCUGGACCAGUGCCUGCAUGGAAAAAUAUGUAUUUAGAAUUUACUUGCGUGUGGGUCAUUUUUGCGUUUUUCAUCAAUGCAUUUUAUCAAUCCAACCUUACGGGAAUGACAACACAUUUGAAUUAUGAUUACCAAAUAUCUAACUAUGAAGAUGUUAAAAAUUAUAAUAUGCAACCAUGUAUAUGCACUGCUAUUAAACAUUACACUAAAGCUAUAACUGACCAAGAACUGUUUAAAGGCAAUGAAAAGAACUGCGAAGGUUUCCCAAAGUUGGAUGAAAUGAAACAGUAUGCGAUAAGUCUACGUGAAAACGGUUUAAUUGACAAGCACGGUCGAGACUUGAAACAUGAAAUUUCUAAAACGUACUACGUUGCGAAAUCAAAGUCGAAAGCUCAUUUCAUCUUUCCAUGCUGCGGUAAAAAAUAUCUCACCAUCAAAUAUUGUGGUAUUUGUUCUAAUAUGAGUGUAACUAAAUGUUUAUCUAAACUUGAUAUUAAACUGAAAGGAUGUACUUUUAAAGUUGCUACGUCAUACAGAGCCCCCUACUCUAUAAGAUCUGAGAGCAAUAAAAACUUGAUGGGAACAGAACAAUACGUCUUGAAACUUUUAGGUGAAAUGGAAGGUUUCAAAAUUAAUUAUACCGCAUCAUUUGAUCCAGAUGUUUACCCCGUCGUAAAAAAUGAUAUGUCGGCUUCUGGAGCUUUAGGUUUAAUUCAAAACAAAGAUGUAGAUAUAGUUUUUGGUGGAAUGUUAUUGUUACUUGAGAGAGCUGAAGCUUUCAGUUUCAUCUAUGAACAUAAAGCGCUUACAGAUGAAUUGGUCGUGAUGGUAAAAAGAGCAGAACCGUCUAUGCUGAUGGGUCUUACCACUCAUAUUAGUCGAAAUUAUCAGAUAUCUAAUAAUAAAGACAUCGAGAUGUUUAAAAUGGAACCUUGCAUUUCUAAUAAUAUCGUAGGUGUUAUAAAGAAUACUAUUGGAGCGGAUUUUAACAAAAUGGAUAAGAAUUGCAGUAGGACAAUGUCCAGUAUACAGACUGUUAGCGUUGUAUCUAAAACUGCUAAUGUAAAAGUAAAUAUUCAACAUAAUGCUUACAUUGUUAUGAUUGAUAAUUUUACUACUUUCAAAAAUGAAUUUUCGUUAAUCACACAAGAGAAAGACUGGAAACCGAAUGCAAAUAUGGUAAUCGUUUUUAGACAUUAUGAAACUGAUAAAAUCAGAGAUAUAUUCAAUAUCCUACUGCGUCUUCACAUCUUCGAUGUAGUCGUUGUAUACUCAUCCACUGAUGCUCCAAUAUACACAUACCAUCCUUUUCAAAAUAAAAACUGCGGUAAAAAAUUUGACGAAAUCGUAAAAUACAAUAGUUGUUCUGAAGAAAAUGUAGAAAAGCUGUUUUUUCACAAACCUGAAAAAGAUAUUAAGGGUUGCACUUUUCAUGUGGGCAUACCGCAUUGGCCACCAUUCUCUAUAAAGCCUCAUGAAGAGGUUAUUGAUUUGAAGUACAAUGGAACAGAACAGUAUCUAAUGAAAAUUUUGAGUGAAAAAGUAGGUUUUGAUUUCAAAUAUUCGUACAUACCUAAGGUGGAAGAAUUUGCUGUCGUUGAUGAAAACAUGACAGCGACUGGUUGUUUGGGUUUAAUUCAAAAGGGAUAUUACGAUAUAGUUUAUGGAGGUAUGAUACUGACAUAUGGCCGAGCUAAUAGUUUCGAUUACUUUCAUGGACAUCAUGACUUUGAAGAUGAACUAUCUGUACUGUCGAACCUAUCUGGGUUGACGACACACGUCAGUCAUAACUAUCAAAUCUCGACACCUGAAGAUUUAGAAUAUUAUAAAAUUAAACCAUGUCUGAGUCCUGUUAUUGCAGUUUUUUCGAAAGCUAUAAUGGGAGAGGAAACACUCAAUAAGACCAAUAAAGAUUGUAAUAAUUUUUUUCAUAGUAUAGCAACGGUCAGCAAGGACAACACAAACAAGAUAUUGUUGCUUGAAGAAGAUAACAGUCACUUAACGAGUUGUCUUCAAAAUAUAAUAUUGAACUGGAAUAAAAAAACGGAUGUACCAUUGAAAGAUAUCACUUUCGUCGAUUUUAAUUAUCAAGAAAAUGACAUCCUUAAAGCCAUGCACGAAAUAAAUUUUAUUACAAUUGUAUCUAAAACUGCAAAUGUUAAAGUAAAUAUUCAACAUAAUGCUUACAUUGUUAUGAUUGAUAAUUUUACUACUUUCAAAUAUGAAUUUUCGUUCAUCACACAAGAGAAAGACUGGAAACCGAAUGCAAAUAUGGUAAUCGUUUUUAGACAUUAUGAACCUGAUAAAAUCAGAGAUGUAUUCAAUAUCCUACUGCGUCUUCACAUCUUCGAUGUAGUCGUUGUGUACUCAUCCACCGAUGCUCCAAUAUAUACAUAUCAUCCUUUUCAAAAUAAAAACUGCGGUAAAAAAUUUGACGAAAUCGUAAAAUACAAUAGUUGUUCUGAAGAAAAUGUAGAAAAGCUGUUUUUUCACAAACCUGAAAAAGAUAUUAAGGGUUGCACUUUCCAAGUGGGUAUGCCCUAUUGGCCACCCUUUACUAUAAAUCCUAAUGAUUUGAAGUUCAAUGGAACAGAACAGUAUCUAAUGAACAUUCUAAGUGAAAAAGUAGGUUUUGAUCUUAAAUAUUCAUACAUACCAAAGGUAGAAGAAUUUGCUGUCGUUGACGAAAACAUGACAGCAACUGGUUGUUUGGGCUUACUUCAAAAAGGAUAUUAUGAUAUCGUUUAUGGAGGAAUGGUACUGACAUAUGGACGAGCUAAUGGUUUCGAUUACCUUCAUGGAUAUCAUGACUUUGAAGACGAACUAUCUGCACUGAUAAGAAAGGCAGGCCCUGUACCAAAAAUCACAACCGAGGUGAGCACGGUCUUCAACAUGUUAGUUGCAUUUUUGUUAACACUUAUGUCAGUACAACUGUGUGACAGUCAAAAUAUGUUGCUCAAAGACGACAACAGUCACUUAACAAGUUGUCUUCAAAAUAUAAUAUUAAAUUGGAAUAAAAAAGGGGCGGUACCAUUGAAAGAUAUUACUUUCGUCGAUUUUAAUUAUCAAGAAAAUGACAUCCUUAAAGCCAUGCACGAAAUAAAUUUUAUUACAGUUGUAUCUAAAACUGCAAAUAUAGAAGUAAAUAUUCAACAUAACGCUUACAUUAUUAUGAUCGAUAAUUUUGAUACAUUCAAAAAUGAAUUUUCGUUCAUCACACAAGAGAAAGACUGUAAACCGAAGGCAAAUAUGGUAAUCGUAUUUAAACAUCAUGAACCUGAUAAAAUCACAGAUUUAUUCAAUAUGCUGUUGCGUCUUCGCAUCUUUAAUGUAAUCGUUAUAUACUCGUCCAGUGAUACUCCGAUAUACACAUACAAUCCUUUUCAAAAUAAAAACUGUGGUAAAACAUUUGACGAAAUCGCAAGAUACGACAACUGUUCCGAAGCGAUAGUAAAGAAAAUAUAUUUUCAACAAUCAAAGAAAGACCUUAAGGGUUGCACUUUCAAUGUUAGCGUAACAAAUUGGCCACCCUACACUAUAAAUCCUCUUACAGACAGUCACAAAGUGAAGUUGAAAGGAACAGAACAAUAUCUAAUGGAAAUAUUAGGUGAAAGUGCAGGAUUUAGUAUCUCAUACAAGUCUCUUGGCGAAGCAGAGGAUUUUCCUCUCAUUUACAAAAACAUGACAGCUACUGGUAGUUUGGGUUUACUACAAAAAGGAUAUGUCGACAUAGUUCUUGGAGGAAUGAUACUGACACAUGAACGAGCCAAAGGAUUUGAAUACUUUCAUGGACACCAUGACUUUGAAGACGAACUAUCUGUACUGUCGAACCUAUCUGGGUUGACGACACACGUCAGUCAUAACUAUCAAAUCUCGACAACUGAAGAUUUAGAUUAUUAUAAAAUAGAACCAUGUUUGAGUCCUCUCAUUAAUGUUUAUACCAAAGCUAUAUCGGGACGUGAAAUAAUCAAUGAAACGAAUAAAGAUUGCAAUAAUUUAUUGAACAGUAUGAAAGUUGUCAGCAUGGACAACACAAAAUACACUAUCGUAUUACUUUCUAAAUAUAAACUGAAUAAUUAUAAGUUUAAAGAUGAAUUUGGAAAUUACCUAUUGUACAAAUUUCCGUUCCCGAAGAGUAAACUUAUUUAUGCAAUAUACUUUUACAAAGGAUUUCCAAAACUGAGAGAUUUCUACUACCAGGUGCAACGGAUACGUGAAACCGGUUUAUUAGACAAGCAGGCAAGAGACAUAAGUCACGAGUAUAAAGUUGCAAAUGAGCAAGCACUGGCAGAAUUCGCUGAAAUGGCGAAGCGACUGCUACGAAUAGUCAUCUGCAAUUGCAGAUGUUUCGCUUCCUAUAAUUUUACAGAAAGGGAAGCACAGAAAAUGGAUAUUUCAUCCUUCCUUAAUAAGGAAAAAGGGAUGAAGGGUAGGGGACUAGACCGGUUUGCACACUCAACAGGCGAAACGUGGAAUUUCUUCGACUUUAGGCCUGUCUUCUAUGGUCGUGGUAAUGCUCGUGAGAAUAACGCAAACAUUUCAACUUGUGUUGAGAAUAUUAUAUCUCAUUGGAUUGAAAAGGGAUCUCACAUCACGUAUGUAGAUUUAAACUAUCAAAAUGACGAUAUUCUAGAGAGCAUUCACAGAAUGAAUUUCGCCACUGUUGUAUCCAGAAAGACAAAUAAAAGUGUAAAUCAUUACAACGAAGCCUACAUUAUCGCUGCUGAAAAUUUGCAUGUCUUCAAGAAUGAAUUCAAACAUCUCAUUAAAGAGAAAGACUGGACGCCGAGUGUUAAUUUCAUUAUUAUCAUAAAUGACAAAACUCCAAAUGCAAUAACAGACUUGUUUGAUAUUCUAAUCCAUUAUCAUGUUUUCAACGUGGCCGUGAUAACUGGGACGAGUGGUAUUCAAAUUUUCACCUACGAUCCUUUCGAAAAUAACAGCUGUGGUAAAAAAUAUUUCAACAUCAAAUCUUUCAAUACGUGUUCUAACACGAGUAUAGCAAAAUUGUAUUCAACUAAAAUUGAUGGAAGACUGAAAGGGUGUAUAUUUAACUUCGCUACAUCGCACAGAGCCCCGUACUCUAUUAAACCUAAUAUAAAGAACUUUCCUGAACACCUUAUGGGCAUGGAACAAUUUGUUUUAAACAUAUUAGGUGAAAAAGAAGGUUUUAAAAUCAAUUUUACGGCAUUAUAUGAUCCUGACAUAUAUCCUGUCGUGAAAGACGACAUGUCGGCGACUGGCGCCUUGAGUCUUAUUCAGAAAGGAGAUGUUGAUAUUGUGUUUGGAGGAAUGUUACUAUUACGCGAAAGAGCUGUAGCUUUUAGUUAUUUUUAUGAACAUCUAGCGUACACUGAUGAAUUAGUUAUUUAUAACUACCAGGUUUCUGAUGAGAAAGAUAUCAUGGAUUACAAUAUGGAACCGUGUAUUUCUAACAAUAUAAAGGGACUUAUCAACGCCACUAUUGGGAAUGACUAUGACAUCGAAAUGGACGAAGAUUGUGAUAAAACAAUGGCCAGUAUGCAGACCCAAUGCUAA